AGAGAGAGAGAUUGUGUGGAGGAAAGCGAGAGAGCUCGGCUGAAUUGUGAGUAGCUCACGACACUUAGUGAACAGAAGGUGUUUCUGCAUGCACUGGCAUUGCACUACUCUGCUGCAAGGGCUCCAGCUCGUCUCUCUCUCUCUCACUCUCUCUUUCUUUCUCUCUUUUUCCCCUCUCUCUCUUUUCUCUCCACAAACCAGCCCUGCCUUUCAGCCUCUAUGCCUCAGCAUCUCCGCUCAGCAACAGCCUUUUCCUCAGCCUACACGAAAUGAGUGAGUCUCAAAAGAGGGCGCACUGGAAACCGAACUGAGAGGACUCUGGACUAGCAAAAUUAAAAGAAAAGAAAGAGAGAAAGAAAGAAAAAUGUCAGAGCAACUAGCAUUCAUCUGAGACGAGCACUUAUUUCUGAGGAGCUGCCCACCGAGAGAGUGAUGACUGGUCCGAAUGGAUACGAGCCACGGAGCUUGCCGACAGCUUCAAGUAACGGACUUUAAUUUGCGCCGACACUUCAACAGAGUCGGUUGCACAAAAAAAUACAGCGGAGGAAAAAAGAGUUCUGUUUUGACUUCCCUCUCUUUGUGAAUGUGUGUGUCUGUUUUUUGUUUUUUUUCUUUCUUCCCAUCCUCUCAUCUCGCUCUAAUCAGCACAGCAGUCACUGCAGAGAAGCAGGAGAGGGAGGACUGUGCUCAUGCAUGCAGUCUGGGCAUCUUGCAUUUCCUGCGAGUGCACUGAAUGCCACUCGGAUUCCUCCUCUUUCUGGCUCUUUCACGCGAGGAGAACUAAGACAUUGUAAGUCUGCCAGAUUCUGGUAGCUGCUGAAAAGGAGGGGGGAGGCUGCAUUUGUACCACACUGGGAUCUUUUUUAUAUUCGCACCUAAUUAUUGCAGGCACAAAGGGAGCAGCUGAAUAGAGGUUGUCAGCCUCUGGAAAAGGGAUUUUCUUUCACUCUGAGUAAUAAAUCACCAUCAGCCAAACCACAUUAACUAAACGAGAGAAAAAAACAAAAAAACAACAACAAUAAUAAUGUUGCUCAAAAUGAGACAAAUCUAAAAGAUUCAAUGAACUUCUUCUUCACGACACUGCAGGAUAUUCAUGCUAAUGGAUUUCCUUCUAAUUGGUCUGUAUUUAAAGUGGACGCUAAGAAAGCCCCCUGGGUUGUUACUGUGCUCUCUGGGCAUCCUUUUGAAAAUGGUUCCCCUGGUGGGGGGGAGCUGUCCGAGGCUGUGCCGCUGCGACAGCAAGCUCCUCUAUUGUGAGGGGCUCAACUUGACGGACAUUCCCCACAAUCUGAGCAGCGCCACCGGCUUGUCCCUGCGGGAGAACAACAUCUCGGAGCUGCGUGAGGGGCACUUUGUUGGCCUGUCGCAGCUCACCUGGCUAUACCUGGAUCAUAACAACAUCGAAUAUGUGGAGGAGAGCGCCUUCGAGAGGCUGCGGAGGAUUAAAGAAUUGGACCUGAGCACCAAUCGGAUAGAGAGCCUGUCUAAUGGAACCUUCAGACCCCUACCCAAUCUGCGCAUCUUGGAUUUAUCAUUCAACAGACUGCAGUCCCUGGAGCCAGACCUUUUCCAUGGGCUUAGGAAGCUUACUAAUUUGCAUUUAAGGUACAACGCCCUGAAAUUUGUGCCCGUACGGAUCUUCCAGGACUGCAGGAGCAUGCAGUUUCUGGAUUUGGGCUACAACCAGCUACAGAGCCUGGCCCGAAACUCAUUCGCUGGUCUUUUUAAGCUGACUGAGCUGCAUCUGGAGCACAACGAGCUAGUAAAAAUCAACCUGGCCCACUUUCCCCGCCUCAUCUCGCUGCGCACACUCUACAUGCGCAAUAACAAGGCCACCAUUGUGGUCAGCACCCUAGACUGGACCUGGCACUUCCUGGAAAAGAUCGAUUUCUCAAACAACGAGAUUGAAUACAUCGAGCCGCACGUGUUUGAGAGUGUGCCCAACCUCAAAGAACUCAUGCUGAACUCAAAUAAGUUGACAUAUGUGGACCAGCGCAUUCUGGGCUCCUGGACGUCCCUGGGCAGUAUCACUUUGUCCGGGAACGCAUGGGAAUGCAGCCGCAAUGUCUGCGCCCUGGCCGCCUGGUUGAGCAGUUUCCAGGGUCAACGUGACAGUGCCUUGCAGUGCGCCAGCCCGGACAUGGCCCAAGGCGAGGACAUCCUGGAUGCCGUUUAUGCCUUCCAGCUAUGCGAGGAUGGCAUCGAGGCCACCACACAGACCUUCACAGCCACUAGAGACCUGGCCAGAGGCUCCAUUUUUAAAGGUCCAACCAGGACACCAUAUGAUUUGCAAGACAUGGAGGGUGGUGAGGUGGUGACCAAUUCCUUCACAGUGACUGCAGCCACCGAUGACCUGGACAGCACCAUGCAGAUCCACAAGGUAGUGACCGGCACCAUGGCACUCAUCUUCUCAUUUCUGAUUAUAGUGCUCAUGCUCUACGUGUCUUGGAAGUGUUUCCCAGCUGGGGUGAGGCAGAUGAGACAGUGCUUCAGCAACCAGCGACGCAAGCAGAAACAAAAGCAGACCAUGCAGCAGAUGGCCACCAUGUCCACUCCCGAAUACUAUGUUGACUACAAGCCCAACCAUAUCGAAGGGGCCCUCGUCAUCAUCAAUGAAUAUGGAUCCUGUACUUGCCAGCAACAGGCAUCUCGGGAGUGUGAGGUGUGACAUUCUGGCUGCUGGAUAUCUUGCAAUCACAAAUUUUCUUGGAUCAAUGUACAUGGGACAUGCUUUUACACUGCAUCACACUGUGCUGCUUUCUCAAGGAGGCUUGAUGGCACAUUUGGGGGAAAAAAAUAAAUGGGACAAGGCCAAGGAUUUACUGCUAAUAUCAGAAGCAGCAGUGGGUUUUGAUGGACCUGGUUUUGGGACUGGUUUACAAGCAGGAGUGAGAACCUUUUGAGGAAUACAGGGACUAAUCAAGGUCAAGUUGUGAAGUGUGGAUAUUUGAGCUUUAAUAUGUCUUUCUACUACAGAAGAUUUAAAGCUGAUGAGGACAUUGAUGAAAACAUGCUUUUUUUCAUUGUGGUAUCAACAAUCUAAAUGGGUUAAAACAUUGAAAUGAGACGAGUCUGUGUAAAAUAUGUUCAAAUGCAGAAAUGCAAGAGUGGGAAAUAAAAAUACAAGAAGCUUA